AUGUCUGACCUGACUGUUGAGCUUACUGCCCCCAAUGGCAAGAAAUACACUCAGCCAACCGGCCUAUUCAUCAACAAUGAAUGGGUGAAAAGUAGUACCGGCCAGAAGAUCACAUCUAUCAAUCCUUCAGAUGAAUCAGAGAUUGCAUCAGUAUAUGCCGCUUCCGCAGAAGAUGUCGAUACCGCAGUUAAAGCAGCUCGAGCAGCUAUGCGCAACCCUGAAUGGCGCGAUAUGUCUCCCACCGAUCGCGGUUCUCUCAUGAUUAAACUAUCCACAAUCAUUUCUGAACAUACAGAUAUACUUGCAACGAUUGAAACUUGGGACAAUGGAAAGAUUUAUAACGAUGCUGUUGCUGAUAUUGCAGAGGUGGAAGCUGUUUUCAAAUAUUAUGGAGGAUAUGCCGAUAAGAUUCAUGGACAAGUGAUAGAUACUGGUAUUGCCAAAUUUGCAUACACAAUCAAGGAACCAGUGGGAGUCUGUGGCCAAAUUAUUCCAUGGAAUUACCCAUUAGGUAUGGCUGCAUGGAAGUUAGGUCCCGCUUUAGCAUGUGGGAAUGCUGUGGUAAUAAAGGCAGCAGAGCAAACUCCAUUGAGCAUCCUUUAUUUCGCAAAUUUGAUCAAGGAAGCUGGCUUCCCACCAGGUGUUGUCAAUGUCCUAAACGGGUAUGGUAGAGAAGCGGGAGCUGCAAUUGCAACACAUGAAGACAUUGAUAAAGUGGCUUUUACUGGUAGCACUAGCACAGGAAAAGAGAUCAUGAAGAUGGCUGCAGGCACCAUGAAGAACAUUACUUUAGAGACGGGAGGAAAAUCACCUUUGAUGGUUUUCGAGGAUGCAGAUCUCGAUCAAGCUGUCAAAUGGGCGCAUUUUGGCAUUAUGUCGAACCAAGGACAGAUCUGCACCGCCACGUCCAGAAUCCUCGUACAGGAUUCCAUUUACGAUAAGUUCAUCGACGCCUUCAAGAAACAGAUCAAAGAAGUUUCAGUUGUUGGUGAUCCAUUCGCUGAAAACACAUUCCAAGGUCCACAAGUUACUAAAGCUCAAUACGAACGUGUCCUAGGUUACGUUCAAACAGGUAAGGAUGAAGGCGCCACCCUCAUCGCGGGAGGUGAAGCUUUCACAAACGCCCAUCCUUCAGGCAAGGGAUUUUUCAUUACCCCCACUGUCUUCACAAAUGUCAAACCUAGCAUGAAGAUUUACCGUGAGGAAGUUUUCGGACCAUUCUGCGUUAUUGCUAGCUUCAAGACGGAGGAGGAUGCUGUGGGAAUGGCAAAUGACACAACAUAUGGUCUUGGCAGUGCAAUCUUCACUACCAAUUUGGACAGAGCGCAUAAGCUUGCUAGGAGAAUCGAGGCGGGCAUGGUGUGGAUUAACAGUAGUCAGGAUUCCGACUUUAGGAUUCCGUUCGGAGGAGUCAAACAGUCGGGAAUUGGACGGGAGUUAGGUGAGGAGGGCUUGAGAGCUUAUUCUCACGUGAAAGCCGUCCACAUCAACUUGGGCACGAGGCUCUAG